CCCCUUGUUCGUCUCUCUCGUUCUCCAAUUUUGGUGAAAAAAGAUGCUGGACCAUUGAAUCAUUCACCCACUUCCAUUUUACUUCUUGUCUCCUCAUCUCACACAUUUCUCACCUGUCCUGCUGUGUCAUCCACUCUGCAACAUGCAUUUCUCACCUGUCCGGUCAAGAGAAUUGUAAUGUUAUAUAUUUUCCAUUCAAGAGACUGAGGAGGCUUCCAUUGGUUUGAUAUUUGUAGAUGACAAGCUUUCAACUUGGCGUGCCCAGCAUUUUAUAUGUUCUUGCCGGCUCCUGUUUGUUCAUAGCAGGUGUCUAUCUUUGCGUAUGGGCAAACAGGUUCGGUGAAAACUUAUACAAUGAUUAGGGCAGCCCUGAUGCUCCAGAUUUGGAAGGGUUGAUACCACCUUCUCUAGAACAGAUAUUUCAGACUAGUCAAUCUCUGAAAGAUCAGGGUUGGAAGUACAAAAUGCAGGUUGGUACCUAGUAUACUUCGUCCUGGUUUUCAUGUGGUUAUACCUAUGAAUGGGAGCUGAAAUAUUUUGUGAGAAGGACACAGAUGAAUGAACAAUCAUCUAGAAGCCAUUUUGUCCUUACUUUGCGUAUUUGUGGGAUAAAUGAGGUUGAUUCUGUUGAAAAGCUGGAUAAGUUGCUUGCAGAAUGUAAGGCACUUGGAGUUGAAACACAACCAAUGGUUAUAGGUGAAUUAGGAAUCAUUCCCUUGUUCUCUUGGUACCAUGAGAGCUUUGACAGAGAGAAGGACAUAACGGGAUUUCACAUCCCGCCUUUGGAGAUGGCAUGUAAAGACUUCCAUGUGUGUAAGUGGCCACAAGGACUUUCAAAUGGAGAUAUGUCCCUUUCAAUGUAUUUUGAUGCCAUGAAUGAUAAGCAACUGGAGAUGAUGAAGGAGGUUAAGAUAAAAUGUGAUCACAUUAUUACCUUUUCCCAUUUUGUUCCAAGGCAGGAACUGUGUCCAGAGAAGAGGAUGUUAUUUUAUCCUAAGCUUCCAAAUAUAAUUGGUUCAGACUCUUGAAAAUAGAAUAAGGUCUAUUCAUGGUGCUGAGGGAAGGAAGGAUGCAUCAUCUGCUUGCCAUGUGUUGAUGCUGUUGUUGAUUGUAUCAGAUAUUUGUACAUUAUCAUUCUAGCUUAUAGGUAAAUGUUGAUUGUAGAAUUUCACCAAAUGUUAGAAAUAUAGGCAUUUAUGUGUUUCUUCCCAUCAGUUUAAUCUUUUGGAAUAAAUGGUUCAUCACACGGUAUCAGAACUUGUAUGAUCUAAACUGUUUUCAA